AAAUCGAUCAUUUACCCUAAGGCCUGAAAAAUGUGAUGGUGAGGUCUCUCUCAAGGAAGAUAAUAUAUUGUUCAAGAGUGUCAGCUCUAGACCAAUGACUUAGGUACAAGGCAUGGGGUUCUCUCUUAGCUAGGGGAGACAGUGAUCAGAAUGGGAUAUCAUAGUGGCAUGCAUUGAUUACAGGUCCUUGUUGGAACUGGGUCCCGUAUUAUGAAUGUAAUCAGAAUAAAAACUUUGAAGGUUUAUGCCUUUGGGUUCUAUGUUCAUCCUUUUGAUGUCUGCCAGAAGUUGGGUCCAAAAUAUUCUUCUUUUCCCACGUAUGAACUGAACAACCAGCAUGAGUUUUAUCAAGAUCUUUUGAGGGAGGAUAUCAACAUGACCGUUAGGCUUGUAGUUAGCUGCAAUGGAAUCAAAAUUAAAAAUGUCAGAGAUUCUUUUGAGAAAUCCCUUCGAGCUCGACUGUUGAAGACAAAUCCUGAGACUGAUUUUCACUGCAUACAUACAUUUGGUUCAAUCUUCUCUCAAGAUAUCCCUUUACAUGUUGGGCCUUUUUUGAUAUGUACAUUGGUGAUCUCCCUAUUUGCGAGAAAACAAAGGAACAGAUUGGACAAAACGUCGCUAGCAUUAUAAGGGGGUGUUGAGGUUUGUUUUUGUUUCCACUUCCUCCCUCAGGAACCUGUAUUUGAUUGAAAUUUGUACUUUAUCAAUGAAAUAGAUGGGGUUGGAGACUUAUGAGCAAAAUAUUUUUUAGAAGAGUGCGUGUAACUUUUGUUUUAGAUUUUAAAUAUUAUAUUGUGUUGAAAGUAUUGUAUUGAUAUAAAGUAUUGUAUUGAUAGUAUUUGGUUAAAAGUGUGUUGAUAAUAUUGUCUU